AUCAUCCUCCUCCUCCUCCCUGCGGUGCUUGGUGGAGAGGAGAGUCCAAGCGGAGGUGAUUUGACACACCGAGGAGGAGGCGCUGUCGAUGAGGCAGCGAAGCGAAGAGUGAACCGGUGCGAGGGCAGUGUGAGACGCGAAGGGUGCCCGAGGAGGGACGACUGGAGAGAAAUAAGAUAUAAAUCCCCCCUGCGGCCCCUGACGAGAAGGACAUCGCCUGCCUCAUUCCGCCGUGAAGAUGGGGAACCGGGGAAUGGAGGAUCUGAUUCCUCUCGUGAAUCGGAUGCAGGAUGCCUUCUCCGCCAUCGGCCAAAACGCUACCCUGGACCUGCCACAGAUCGCCGUGGUGGGCGGCCAGAGCGCGGGGAAGAGCUCGGUGCUGGAGAACUUCGUCGGGAAGGAUUUCCUUCCUCGUGGUUCUGGCAUUGUGACUCGUCGUCCUUUGGUUCUGCAGCUGAUGACCUGUCCGACAGAGUACGCAGAGUUUCUGCACUGUAAGGGGAAAAAGUUCACGGAUUUCGAUGAGGUGCGGCAGGAGAUUGAGGCGGAGACGGACCGCAUCACCGGGGCCAACAAGGGCAUCUCCCCCGUACCCAUCAACCUGCGUGUCUACUCCCCCCACGUGCUGAACCUGACACUGGUGGACCUGCCGGGGAUGACCAAGGUGCCCGUGGGCGACCAACCCGCGGACAUCGAGGCCCAGAUCCGAGAAAUGCUGAUGCAGUUUGUCACCAAGGAGAACUGCCUGAUGCUGGCCGUCUCCCCGGCCAACUCGGAUCUGGCCAACUCUGACGCUUUGAAGAUUGCCAAAGAGGUCGACCCUCAGGGCAUGAGGACCAUUGGUGUGAUCACCAAGCUGGACCUGAUGGACGAGGGCACAGAUGCUAAAGACAUCCUUGAGAAUAAACUGCUUCCACUCAGGAGGGGCUACAUCGGCGUGGUGAACAGGAGCCAGAAGGACAUAGAUGGAAGGAAGGACAUUAAUGCUGCCAUGGCUGCUGAGAGGAAGUUCUUUCUCUCCCAUCCUUCGUAUAGACACCUGGCAGACCGCAUGGGCACUCCCUACCUCCAGAAAAUCCUCAAUCAGCAACUGACCAACCACAUCCGGGACACCCUGCCAGGCCUGCGAGCCAAGCUACAGAGUCAGCUCCUCUCCAUAGAGAAGGAGGUGGAGGAGUACAAGAACUUCAGACCCGACGAUCCGUCUCGCAAGACCAAGGCUCUGCUCCAGAUGGUGCAGCAGUUCUCCGUGGAUUUUGACAAGUGCAUUGAGGGCUCCGGUGACCAGAUUGACACGGCGGAGCUGUCGGGUGGCGCCAGGAUCAAUCGCAUCUUCCAUGAACGCUUCCCGUUUGAACUGGUCAAGAUGGAGUUCGAUGAGAAGGAGCUCCGGAAGGAGAUCAGCUACGCCAUCAAGAACAUUCACGGCAUCAGAACUGGCCUCUUCACCCCGGACAUGGCCUUUGAGACCAUUGUGAAAAGGCAGAUUGGGAAGAUUAAAGAGCCUUGCACCAAAUGUGUGGACAUGGUCAUUUCUGAGCUAGUCAAUACGGUUAGGCAGUGUACGAAGAAGCUGGCUCAGUAUCCCAUGCUGCGUGAGGAGAUGGAGAGAAUUGUCACCCAGCACAUCAGGGACAGAGAAAGCCGCUCUAAGAACCAGGUGUUGCUGUUGAUAGACAUUGAGUUGUCCUACAUGAACACCAACCACGAGGACUUCAUUGGAUUCGCCAACGCUCAACAGAGGAUCAACCAAAUGAACAAGAAGAAGGCAGCCGGUAACCAGGAUGAAAUCAUGCCUGAGAGAGGAGUUAGCGAUCGGUACAAGGUGAUCAGGAAGGGCUGGCUGACCAUCAACAACAUCGGCAUCAUGAAGGGAGGAGCCAAGGAGUACUGGUUUGUCCUCACCGCCGAGUCCCUGUCCUGGUACAAGGAUGAUGAGGAGAAAGAGAAGAAGUACAUGCUGCAGGUGGACAACCUGAGGCUGCGCGACGUGGAGAAAGGCUUCAUGUCCAGCAAGCACAUCUUUGCCCUCUUCAACACCGAGCAGAGGAACGUCUAUAAGGACUACCGUCAGCUGGAGCUGGCCUGUGAGACUCAGGAAGACAUUGACGCUUGGAAGGCCUCCUUCCUCCGAGCCGGAGUUUAUCCCGAGCGUGUCACGGAUAAGGAGGGAAAGAGUGAUGGCGGUGACGAAAGCAGCUCCGACAACUUCGUGCACAGCAUGGACCCUCAGCUGGAGCGGCAGGUGGAGACCAUCCGCAACCUGGUCGACUCCUACAUGGCCAUCGUCAACAAGACCGUCCGUGACCUGAUGCCCAAGACCAUCAUGCACCUCAUGAUUAACAAUACGAAGGAGUUCAUCAACGCCGAGCUGCUGGCCCAGCUGUACUCGUGCGGCGACCAGAACACGCUGAUGGAGGAGUCCCAGGAGCAGGCGCAGCACCGCGACGAGAUGCUGCGGAUGUACCACGCCCUGCGAGAGGCCCUCAGCAUCAUCGUAGACAUCAGCACGACCACCAUAACCACCGCCAUGCCGCCGCCCGUGGACGACUCCUGGCUGCAGGUGCAACGGGGGGCCGGCUCCGGGGGAAGGUCUCCGGCCACCAGUCCAACUCCGAACCGCAGAGCUCCGCCGGGACCUCCCGCCCGCCCAGGCUCUCGCGGGCCCCCACCCGGGCCUCCUCCCGCCGGCGGACCCCCCGUCCCGUCUCGCCCCGGAGCUUCUCCCGACCCCUACAGCGGGCCGCCGCCCACUGUGCCCUCCCGGCCUAACCGCGCGCCCCCGAGCGUGCCCAGAAUCACUAUCACUGACCAGUGAGGAAUAACGUUUCUGUCGGAGACCCCCACCUUCUCCAACCCACUAGCCCUUCUGAGCUCCUCCCUCCUCUGCUCUGUCCAUCCCUCCUCUGGAUGAGAGUCCACGGACGACGGCGCCACCUUCCUGUCGUUUACCGCCUCACCCGACUUCAGCUGGCUCCCCCUCUCCUGCACCUACUUCUCCUUGACAACAAGCUGUCCCGUCCCCUCUCCGCCCCCCCCCCCCCCCCCCCCCCACACACACACACACAUCCCUCUGUGUGACAGAGAAUACUUGAAACACACCUGCAUGACUGACACACAAACAUGCUGCACCCUCAGUUUAAACUAACUAACUAUGUAAAGAAUAGGGAAUAACUGAUGAGAAACCAAUUGUUGAGUGUAGCGCCCAUAUGCAUGCGCACCAGCUUCCAUAAAUACACAUAUAUGUGUACAAACAAGUGACACAAACAUAUUUUUCCUCCUUUUAAACCUGAAGGAGGAGAUUUUUUCAAAUUUAGCAUGACACUUUGCCUGAGUGUUACAUUGUACUCCAGCGUUUUUUAAUAGGUGUUCUGGCUGCUGACGGACUUAUUUUUCUCCUUUGUAACAUUUUGUUUUAUCCUAUCUUUGUUCUUAAAAAGUUGUGACUGAUUUCUUUUCUUUUCUAUGAAGGAAUACUUCAAAACUAAAACGAUUUGAGUCACCCUGUAUUGCCUGUCAUCUUGGAAAAAGAACAUUUUCAGCAGUAUUCGGGGGAUAAAACGACAUUCAACAGUAAAACAACACCAGAAUGUCUACAGCAAAUUAUUGCUAUUAUAAUACAGAGUUGCACUUUUAAAGAUGCAGCUAGAUACACUACCUGGAUUGCUUUUUACUCGCAGCAUUUCAGGCUGUGAGGUGAAAAUAGCAGACAAAAAUGUGUGUCCAAGUAUUCUUUUAAGGGACGUUGACACUUAUCUUAUCUUAGUUCUAAUUGCUGUAUACAGGAUUUGAUCUGUAAUAGUUCAUCCACCCCCAAAAAAAACCCACAGGUGAAGACACACUGGUCACACGAAAUCAAGUCUGUUUGAACUCGAGAACUAAACAUCCAGAAAGAAGAACUGUACGAUUCACGCAGUGUUUAAUCUUGGACGUUUGUCACACGAUUGCAUUUGCUCUGAGCUGCAGAUGAGCACCGCGGCUUCCUCGGCGUGUGACCUCACCUUUAGGAUUUUGGGGGUCGGUGCUGCUUUCUCCCUGUUCGUCUUGUUCAUGCUGCCAUGUGAGGUCUUCUGUUUUCUCCCUGUUUCUACUCUUUUCACCAAAAACAGCCGGCCAAACACGGGUGGGCCCUCCCGCCCCGAGAGCCCCCUGCCGCCAUUCGACUCUUGGAAGAAACCCCGCUUACUCUUUUUUAACUCCUCUCUUCUAAAACUCCCAUCGCCCGCCCGCCUGCCAGCCAUCACUCACUGACUCAUCACUCACUGACUCAUCACUCACUGACUCAUCACUCACUGACUCAUCACUCACUGACUCAUCACUCACUGACUCACUGACUCACUGACUCAUCACUCACUGACUCACUCACUAAAGGAAAUGAAGGGGGUUAAAGGAUCACCUGCAGACUCUUCGCGCUCCGAUACCGGGACAAAUAAGGGGCUGCUGCUCCUAAUCACUGCUCUCCGUCCUCCUGCCUGUCAUAGCCUCGAGAAAGAUUCACUGCCACUAGAUGUAGAUGUUCUCUUCAGUAGUUGAAUCCCUUUGAGGACACUCACACGACUCACAAGCGUGUCACAACCACCUCUUCACACGCCGCUUGUCUGUGCUUCCACAGAACCUAUGCAACAAAGAAAAUGGUUUCCCAAUCUUUUUUGAUUUAUAUUGACUUGAACAGGCUCCUCCAGUGCCACUUUCACCACGUCCCCUCCUCCAAUCUUCACACAAAUAUUUUUUACUGCGUUAACUCACAGAGGCGGGAUCUAAAUAGAAAGUGCAAUAUAUAUAUAUAUAUAUAUAUAUAAAGGACGUCUGUUUCUGCAGACAGCUGCAAUGCCACAAGUCACACAAGAGCCAGAGUACGGUUUGAAUUGAGAGGAAGGGGAUCUGUGGCCUGGGUCACAUCUUGAGCUCCUUGCACAUAUUUUUUUUUUGUUCAGAGGGUAAUAAGGUUCCUGUGUGUUGCAUCUGAUAAACUGACAGGAAAUCUUUCAAGUUGAUAAUCUGCCGUUUUUCUUCUGUUUUUGUCCCCCUUCCCCCCUCUCUCUUUUAUUCUUUUCUUCCCUCUCUCAGUGGUCACGGGAGUGAGUGAGAACAUGAAAACAGCCACAGUCUAUGCAUAAAAACUGUCGAACGUUCCUUCUGUGUCACCCUCACUUUGCCUUGUGCGAGCCUGUGAGUCGAACCCGUCUUUUAAACCCCCCCCUUUUGUUUAACCUACUGAACUCUGCCGCCGUCAGUGUGAUGUGUUGUAUUUUUGACUUGUGACACAAACGACAAACCCACCAGCCACGACAAACCCCCUCAUCUCUGUACCGCAAUUGAUGUUGAAUACAACCCCCCCCCCCUCCGAAACACUUCAGUGGCCCCUCGUGCAUCCCAGUACUCCACGACUGCAGAGCAAAGCAAAACAAAGCAUUAUUCUACAUAAUAUGGUUUAACAGUAAAAAAAAAAAAAUAAUAUGGACAUAUCGUAAUGCGUUAUUCUGUAUAUGUGUGGUGCAUCUUAUGGGACUUGUACUUCUACUGUCUAGAGAACUUUAGUCUGCAAUGUAUGAGUAUUUAAAUUAUUAUGAGUAAAUGAAUAUCUGUAUAAGGAAAUAUUAUUUGGAAAAACGUACAAAAAAUGUAUAAUAGUGAUGUUUAUGGACGUGUGCAGGCUGUUUGAUACUUUAGCUUAAAGCGGAGGGCUUUUGUUUGUUUGUUUGUGUUCUUGUCUCUCUCAGUGUGUGUGUGCGUGUGUGUGCGUGUGUGUGUGUGUGUGUGUGUGUGUGUGUGUGUGUGUGUGUGUGUGUGUGUGUGUGUGUGUGUGUGUGUGUGUGGAUAAAAGGAGGACUUUUUUUUCUCUGCUUUAACGUCAACACAUUAAAAACCUCAGUGUACUGAAAA